AGGAGCUAAAGGAUGUUAGCAGGCUUGUGGUAGUAGCUCAGCUCAGUGAUUCCGAUACAUUGAGGAGAAGCAGAGAGAGCUAAUGGUUUUUGCUAAGAUUUCGCUAGCGGGCGGAUCAAUAUAACUCUUCGAUCUGUUUUUGUUUCUUGGGAUUGCGAGAGCUUCUUUCGAAAUUGCAAUUUAGCGCAACACGAGUAGGAGAUACGUCGUACACGUUUAUAUAAAUACAGCUGGAAUGGUCUGGGUUGUUAAUAUAUAUAUUUUAUUAAAAUUUUAUUCUUAUUAUUAUUUUAAAUCGCAGGCCGAGGUGUUGGUAACAUUUCAUUAGCUCGCUAACGUUAGCACGCUCUCAAAAUAGCCAGCUAAUUGGAACAUUUUAGCAGGUCAUACAGUUUGACUUUGUUUCAUUGACCGACCGACCGACCGAGUGAAAUGGAGGAAUAAUAACAGAGGUUCGUCCUGGCUGAGGGUGAACAUGUCGGUCUUUAUUCGCGUUAGCCUUUUGAGCGCGGCAUUUAGCAACCUGGCUAAGUUAGUUAGCUAGCGCACUAGCUGAAGCGGGUUUUUUUUUCUUUUCCCUUUUUUUCUCUCUUUUUUUUUUAGCCGGAGCUAGUCAUGCUACCUGUGUGACAGCUUUCCUGGACACAGUGCACUCACGGUAGACUGGCGCACUCAUACAUUUACAGCCACAAACACGAACCAGAUCCACACCAAUGAUCGUGCAAGUUGAAGAGAAAUCCGAACGUCGACCGUUGAAAGACCCUGCUGAGGCACCAGGGCUUUUCUCCCAUACGUACAACUUCAAAGUUGGUUCAGUGUACUGUGGUUCGCAGAUGGACUCCUCUGCCAGGAUGAUAUGAGAUUUGCCAGAGGACGAUGCAUACAGGAGGAGAGACCUCAGCAUGCAAACCCUCGUCUGUCCGGCUUGCUCCCUCGUUUUCGUUCAAUGCGGCAGAUGUGCAGAUGGCUGCGCAGACGCCCCAUUCUCACCUGCCAUUCAGUGACGGCCACCAGGCGAGCGCUGACGCGCCGGCCCCCGUGCUGCCCUACGGCCCACAGGCGCCACAGCUCAACACCACCCAGGUGACCGCUGAUGUGGUGAUGUUACAAAGGCGGAUCCCCCAGUGCUUUCGGGAUCCGGCCACAGCCCCCUUGAGAAAGCUCUCCAUUGAAUUGAUCAAAACUUACAAACACAUCAAUGAGGUUUACUAUGCAAAAAAGAAGCGGCGGCAUCAACAGGGCCAAGGGGAAGACUCUAGUAAUAAGAAGGAGAGGAAAAUCUACAAUGACGGUUAUGAUGACGAUAACUUCGACUACAUUGUUAAAAAUGGCGAGAAAUGGUUGGAUCGCUAUGAAAUCGAUUCGUUAAUAGGCAAAGGCUCCUUUGGACAGGUUGUGAAGGCCUACGACCGCUUGGAGCAGGAGUGGGUUGCCAUUAAGAUCAUAAAGAAUAAAAAGGCUUUUCUGAACCAAGCACAGAUCGAAGUACGGCUCCUGGAGCUCAUGAACAAGCAUGAUACAGAGAUGAAGUACUACAUAGUUCACCUAAAGCGGCACUUCAUGUUUCGGAACCACCUCUGCCUGGUGUUCGAGAUGCUGUCUUACAACCUGUAUGACCUGCUUCGUAACACAAAUUUCCGUGGGGUGUCGCUGAACCUGACGCGGAAGUUCGCACAGCAGUUGUGCACCGCACUGCUCUUCUUGGCCACGCCUGAGCUCAGCAUCAUCCACUGUGACCUCAAGCCCGAGAACAUCCUGCUCUGCAACCCCAAGCGAUCAGCCAUCAAGAUCGUCGACUUUGGCAGCUCCUGCCAAUUGGGACAACGGAUAUACCAGUAUAUUCAGAGCCGCUUCUACCGCUCCCCUGAGGUGCUGCUGGGCAUGCCUUAUGACCUGGCUAUAGAUAUGUGGUCGCUUGGCUGUAUUCUGGUGGAGAUGCACACCGGAGAGCCUCUGUUCAGUGGAGCCAACGAGGUGGACCAAAUGAAUAAAAUAGUGGAAGUUUUGGGGGUCCCUCCCAGUCAUAUACUGGACCAGGCGCCAAAAGCAAGGAAGUUCUUUGAGAAGAUGUCUGAUAGCACGUGGUGUGCAAAGAAGACCAAAGAUGGAAAAAGGUAUAAGCCGGCAGGCUCACGUAAACUGCACAAUAUUCUGGGUGUGGAGGCUGGGGGGCCAGGCGGCCGGAGAGCGGGCGAGUCGGGCCAUGCUGUUGCCGACUACCUGAAAUUCAAGGACCUGAUCUUGCGGAUGCUGGACUAUGACCCGAAGAGCCGCAUUCAACCAUACUACGCGCUGCAGCACAGCUUCUUCAAGAAGACCGCCGAUGAGGGCACCAACACCAGCAGCAGUGUAUCCACAAGCCCAGCACUGGAGCAGUCUCAAUCCUCUGGAACCACGUCCAGCACCUCCUCUAGCUCAGGAGGUUCUUCUGGAACAAGCACCAGUGGGCGUGCCCGUUCUGAUCCCACUCAUCAGCAUCGGCUAAGUGGAGGCCACUUCAGUACUGCAGUAGGCAUGGACUGCCACAACCUCUGCCCUCAGGCAAGGCAGGCGUUUGGGCCCUCCCUGGGUUGGGUGGGUGGAGACGGGCUCCAGCAGGCAGCUGGAGAGACUCAUCCAGUCCAAGAGACCACGUUCCACUUGCCUCCCCACCAGCCCAAACCCCUCCACCCACACAGCUCUCAUCACCAUCACCACCAUCCCCAUGCUCAUCACGGCCAGCACGGGCAAGGCCCGGCACGGCCACGCCCUCGCAUCUACUCGCCCUCACACAGCGGCGCCUCCACGCAGGACUCCAUGGAGGUGUCGCAUGGCCACCUGUCCAUGACCUCGCUGUCUUCCUCGGCCUCGUCCUCAUCUACGUCCUCGUCGUCUACAGGCAACCACCACCAUCACCACCCCCAUCAGGCCUAUCAGAGUCGCCCGCUGCCACUGGGCCUAGGCUACGGGCAUGCCUUUUCCAACCCACGCCAGGAAACGGGCACGGCCGGACACGCCGCAUACCCACUCACUACGAACUCGGGCUACAUAGCCGAGACUCAUAUGGGCCUGCGCCAGGGCCUGGACCGUGAGGACUCGCCCAUGGCUGGAGUAUGCGUGCAGCAGAGCUCUGUGGCCAGCUCCUGACUACACUGAGAGGACAGCCCACCCCCAGCCCCCACCCCCUGCCCCGUGUGUGUGGUUUUUAUUAAAAAAAAAAAAAGAAAAAGAAAAAGAAAGAAAAGGGAAAAAAAAGCUUUUUUUUUUUUUUUUUUUUUUUUUUUUUUUUUUUUUUUUUUUUUGGAAAAAGUGCAUAGAGAUUAAAAAGCUGCUGUAAAAGAGAAGGGAGAUGACGACUGACGCCGCAUGUGCGUGCAAAACUCCUCUCUGCUCACUUGCUGGAGGCCUCUGUUUCAGUCAGUUACCGUGGUUUUUUUUUUUUGUUUGUUUUUGUUGUUUUUUUGUUUUUGGCUUGGAACGUGUUGGUUUUUUUUUUUUUUUCAACCGAAUUUCAUUUUAUUGUUAAAAAAUGAUAGUCAUACAUUUUACUCCUUUUCACUCAGCUCUGUUUGAAUUGAGUAUUAACAUAUGCACCUUCCUGCCAGCCAUGAAAUUAGGUUUCUAUUUACGGUCUGGGAGAAGGACGUUUCUCUGCCUGUAUUCACCAGAAAUGCAGUGUGUUUUAAAAGCUAACAAACAAAAAAAAUCUUCAACGGUUAUCUUUCAACUGCCAUUUUUUUAUGUUUCCUUUUUUCAACAGGCUUGUUUGUUUGGUUUUUAUUUUGUGUUCUUCUUCAUGUGCAAUUCUCUGAUUUGAAUUUAGCAGAGCAGCAGCACUAGAGAGAGCAGGCAUGCUGUGUAGAGGGUGCAGUCUUGCGAGUGUCUCCUUUACAAGGCAGAGUAUGGGGGUGUCUCUCCCAUAGAGGGUGCAGUUUUGCGGCUCGCUCCCGGGGCUGUGUGUGUCCCAGAGCAGCAGUGUUUGCUGGCGAUUCUGUUUGGUGAGGAGCUCUAGAGUGGGCAGUGGAGCGGGCAGGAGCCUGAUACUGGGCAGCGGUGGACAGCACGUUUGAAAAAUGGCCUUAUCACGCACUGAAUGAAGAGAAGCUGGACAUUUACCCUUAAACUGGGGGGGAAAUAGCUUUCCUGUAUUUUUUAAAAUCCGGAAUACACGUAAGUCUUUACACAUGAUAAAUAGGAAACAGAGUAUGAGAGUGGUUAUUUGAGGCCUUCCUUAUCUAGAAAUCUACUAUUUGGGAGUAAUUUUUAAUUUUCUUUCUUUUUUUUUUUUCUUUUUUUUUUUUUGCUGGCCUUGUGAAUUCACAUAAGUAGUAUUGCAAGUUGAAAGGAAACAGCUAUUACCGUGUCCCCUACUGUUUUUUUUUUUUGUUUUUUUUGUUGUUUUUGUUUUGUUUUUUUGCUUUUUUCCCCCCUUCUUGCUUUCUCUUCUUUGCUUCAUUUUCAUUUUAUUGUUUUUCAGCAUGUAAUUUUCUUUGGAGCCUCUACACAUUUUUUUUUUCUUUUUUUUCCUUCUUCCCCUCAACCCCUGAAAUCUUAACAUGCAGACGUUUGUGUGACUGCUUAUUUUGCCUCACAAUUAUGCUGUGAAUUUUAGGAGAGUUUAUUUUCCCUUUUGAUAAUUUAUUGUACCAAAGCAGUUUUUUUUAUAGCACAUAGAUGUCUGUAACCAAUAAUGUAGCAGUUGUGCACUUUGAAACAAGGUGUAUCAGAUUUUUUUUUUUAAAUGUCAGUAAAAUGGCUGUAUCUAUUGCUUUAUUGAAACUGGAACUGUUGUUAAUGCGGCAUAUUUACUGACAGCUGGAUCCCGAACAGUAUCCUUUUUUUCCCCUCUUUUUUUUCUUUUUGAAACGGGAAAACAGCGUAAAACAACUGAAACACAACUCUUGUGUUGUAGAUUUUAGUUUUGCUUCAUUCUAUGAGGUGGAGGGAGGGUCGAUACCCGUGCCGUUGGCUGCUCUGCGGGUUCCAGAGCUCCAGGGUGGCCACUGAGCAACUCGACGUGAGGACAAGGAGAAGCGGUGCGCUGCGUAAUCCAGUUAGACGCCUAUUUCUGAGGUGCCUCGUUAUCUGGGUUCCACUGCCUUAAGUGUACAGCACCGUGCUCUCAUGAACAAACUGUGCAGAAUGUGCACCGAGCAAAAUGUGCAGCCCCUGCCUGCUCAGCAAGCGUGAUGUUCGAGUUCAGUUUCAACCUUCACAAGCUCAGAUGUGAGUUUUUUCCAGCCUGGGCUCUUGGUGGCUCAGGAGCUGGGGUUGAUGUGUGAGCACAGCCAGGUCUACUAAAGUCGUCUCCCUGUCGCUUUUUCUUUUUCUUUUUCACACUUUCGCUGAAGGUAUCUUCAUACCCCGUCCUGCUUUCACGCUCCCUCUCUUGCUCUCUUCACGUGAGUGUGAUUGAUGCCUAUAAAUACAAGGUAAAUGGUCCUAUAGGGUUCUUGUUCUUGGCCAGCAGCAAAGGACAGCUAAUGGGAGGAGUCCAUGAAAAACCCAGGCUUCAGGUGUUUACUUUGUGACCCCAUUUUAAUAGCUGAAAUAGAAUUUAUGUACAUAUUUAUAUUUUUUUAAAUAAAGGAAGUUUAGAACUCACUACUUUUUUCCUAAUGGUAUUUUGAGUACAUUUAAGUCAGCUUGGUGACCAUGCAGUGGAACUCUGUGGUAGUCAAAUGGGUAUCAGUGCUUCCAGCCCAAAGUAGUUGACAAUACCAGUACAAAUGCAAAACUCUAGGGUUUCAAUCUAACAGGAGAGUAGAUCUUCAUACCUUAAAUAUAAUAGACAGGGUAUAGUGUGUGGAUGUGUGUCUACAAAUCCGAAUGACGGCAGUGUUUUCAUAUAUUCGUAUACAUAAGAGAUUAUGUAUGCCUAGUACAGGAGAUAUUUUUGUUGUGUUAAUUUGGCACAUGCUUCAAUAAAUGGGUCCAUGUGAAAACUGAAUGUAGGCUAUUGCUGGAGGUGCAUGUAGCAAAGUGCACAGCGGUCGUUUUUCAACAGUCUGAACCGCACAUCCUCGAUUUAAAAACAUCGGCUCUUCACUCCGAGUCCCAUAACUGCGACUACUACCCCAGGACGAGCGCAAAGCCACACUGCGGCUUUCCCCUCCCUGCCCCGAUUCCUGGCCCCCUCUGGCCUCCACGCCCACUUUAGAGUCUCCACUUCUCCUCCCUUUGGUUCCAGGACAUCUGGUGUGCACUGCAGAGCUGAACAGCAUGACGGAAGGAUAAGUACCUUUUAUCCACAGAUUGUACGAUCAGGACUUUCUGUGUAAAGUAAAAUGUUACUGAGAGGCAAAAAUGGACAAACCCUUUGUACUAUAUUCAAGCGGUCUUAUGUAUGACAUAAAAAAGUUGCUUAACUUUU